AUGAAUGAUAUUAUUUGCGUUGGAGGCGGUGGUCAUUUCUUGGAUAUUGAAUUACUCGCUGCUGUUACAAAAGAAGCGUACUGUAACAUUAAUCUUGAGCGCAAUCAUUUUGUGACUUCCCGCAGCCUUUACUAUUCCAAAGUGAAGAUGGCCACAGUCGCUUUUGUUGGUUUGCAGUGUGUAAAUAACUCUGCAGUAACAUGUAUCACAGUUCAGAGCUUUACUAACGCAAAUAGAACAAUCGCCUUAAAAGUUAAUGGGUCCCGCUUCUACGACAAUAAAACGAAUCGAACAGUACUGGCCGCGCGCGCUACAUUGCGAGUGACGGGAACUACAACUCAGUCUGGAACAAUUAACAUCUUCAAUACCUCGUUUGUCCGAAGCUCCGAAGUUGCAGUUAGCUUAACACCGAAUUUCAAUGUUUGUCUUGAAGGUGUAACUGUGAGGUCUUCGUUAUAUGGUGUCCGGAUGGCUGCGUAUGGCGCGGAUGUUAUGAACGAUAGCAAUCUUUAUUUAUUUGCAAACAUUCACAACUGCACAUUUCGAAAUAACUUGAUGGACGUGUACGGUUUGCUAAACAAUAGCGUCCGCGUUGAUGUUCGAGUGACCAAUACAGUUUUUGACGGCAAAGACAUACAAGAAAAAAACCGGAAGAACGCUACAUUCGGUAUUCGCAUCAUCAUCCCCCUUCUAAACAAACAGAUACCUUCGACAGCAAACGUUGAAAUAGAAAAUGCAACUUUUGCAGGUCGACCAACUAAUGCCUUUGUGUUUGUUGCCAAGGGAAACAAGACGAUCACUCUGCGAGGCUGCAAUUUCCGUGACAGUUUUAGUCUAGAAAUUAACGAUUGGAUAGAGAAAAAAUACAAAAACUUGCCAGGGUAUACGACUGGCCAGGGAGCGUUUCUUUUUCUUUUCGACUCCGAUAAGCUGGUAGACAGAGGAUGUGUGAAAGUAGGGGAGAGAAAGGACACCCAUUCCCAGUGGUUUUACAAAAGUCGUGUCCUUGUUGAAAACACGCUAUUUCAAAACAACUUUGGGUAUGCUGCUGGUGCGAUUCAAAUUAUUAAUGGUUAUGUUCAGUUUCGGAGAUGCAAUUUCACAAAUAAUUUUGCCUUGAGCGACACAGGUCAUGUUUGUGUUGGAUACGGCAGUGCGAAGGUCGAGUUCCAGAACUGUUCUUUCGAGCGCACAGAAAAAGAAGGAACUUUCAACGGAACUUCUUUUAGAUUUGGCAGAUUUCUGCAUUCGCAAAGUGGAGGACCAAUCAAGAUAAAGGAAACUUCUUUUAAUACAAAUUUCUCUGAAAGGCUGAUUCGUCAACAACCAAUUAUCAGGAUAUCUUCCGGUGGCUAUUUCGAUAUGGACUCAAACUCUACCAUUCAAUGCCCAAUGGGGAGCUCGCUUCAAUUUGACAAUUUUACUCACUUUAGUUAUGGAGGCUGGCAGGACAGUACAUUUUGCCGAAUUAACGUUACAACUGAGUUAUUUACAUGUCUAAUGUGCCCGUCAAAAAUGUACAGUCUUCAAAGUGGAUUUUCUAGGGGACUGUUCGUUCACAAAGGCUUCAGAUGUCUUGAGUGCCCAUUUGGAGCUCACUGCGAAGGAACCAAUAACAUUCUCGCUAAGCGAGAUUUUUGGGGUUACAAAGUUACAAACUCGAGCAAUUUCUCGUCCCUGACAUUUGUGCCUUGUCCUGAGAAGUAUUGCCGCGGUGAAAGUCAUCACCACCAGGACUUCAACAGUUGCUAUGGUUACCGGCAAGGUGUUCUUUGCGGAAGAUGUGCUCCUGGUUUUACUGAAUCACUGUUUUCAACCAAAUGUCGAAAAGCUGACGAAUGUAGAUGUAAUUUUCAAUUGUGGCUUUUCAUGGCAAUCUAUACCAUCGCUUUGACUUUCUAUUUGUUGAAGAAACCUCCUCUUGUUCGUUUUCUGAAAGAUCAAAUUUUCUGGUUUAAAAGGGAUCGUCGUCAACAGAACUUGCAAAGAGACUCGGUUCUUGAGAACAAAGAAAGCGAGAAUGGCUAUAUCAGAAUUACGUUUUAUUUCUACCAAGUCUUCGACUUGCUAAGCACCACAUCUGUGGAAACAAUGAUGGAAGAAGUUCCGUACAUUUCCACGAUGGUCGCUGCUUUUAACUUUGAAGUCCAUAUCCUGGACAAGAAAAUUGGCUGCCCCUUUGCUGGACUGACAGCGGUUACUAAGGAAAUGUUCCUCUCUGCGCUGGUAUUUGUUGCCAUAGGUCACGUGUUCAUGACCUACUGUCUUAAUUUGGUGGUUUACCGAAUAUUGAAGAAACACAAGCCUUUCUUCGUUCAUUACGUAGCUGUUGCCAUGGAAAUCCUGUUGCUUGGUUACGAGCGUCUUGCAGAAACGUCGCUCAAGUUAAUGCACUGCGUACCGAUUGGAUCUGAACUGCGUCUUUACUACGAUGGUAACAUUGUUUGCUGGCAAUGGUGGCAGCACUGUCUUCUGGCUUUUAAUGUUAUUUUCGUCGUUCCAUUCGUCGGGGUUCUGUACCUGGGUUCUGGAAAGCUGUAUAAAAAGACCAUAUCAUGGAAACAGUUUAUUGGUGCGUGUAUUGUUCCCCUACCGUUUCUCGUUUACUGGCUUGUUAAACGUUCAUACACCAAACAGAGAGGAAACCCCGCCUCUCAUAAUAGAUACAGCCGCCUUUCAUCGCUUAUUGACGAUGGAAAUGCCUCACAUGAUAUAGAAGAGUGCACCAACGAAAUUUCCAACAUUUUGCUUGGCCCUUUCCGUCCACCUAAUGCACAUGAUCAAGGGACGCUCUACUGGGAAAGCGUUCUGAUUGGUCGAAGGCUUGUGCUUCUCAUAUUUCGCGCCUUUAUUCCCAAUUUCAUGGUUUGUUCCUUGUGCAUGUCAGUUGCCUGUAUUUUGAUGGCAGUUCAUCAUUUAAUCAAGAAGCCAUUCGGGACCGCACAGCAGAUAGAAUGGAAACUUUUUCUCUGAUAACUUUAUCUUGUAUCGCGACCAUAAACGUGACAACAGCGACUCUCGCGUCCUCUGCAGUCCGCCCACAAGGUCCAAACAAAAGCAUCAUUGUCGUCCUACGGUGGAUCCAAGUGGUUCUUCUCAGUUUUCCUUUUGCGCUGUUUGCUUUGUUGAUCCUAUUCGCAUUGCUGUCGCAACUUGUUCGUUUUGUCAUCUUGCUGAAGCGAAAAAUGUGGAAAGGCAGAACACCGAACAUUUAGACGUCUAGAAUUCUUCACCUCAUGUGUGAGUUGAGAACGGCUCAAGUAAUCAUAAAGGCAAGAACAACUUUAAUUAAAUAAAUCAGAGAUAAUUCAGUUAAAGGAGAGAAAUUUCGUGAAAGUUUAGUGCUAAAAUGUAAAUAUAAAAUUUGGUAUGAAUUUCGUCAUUUGUAGAGGUGUUAGCUAACAAACGCAAGUUAGGACAUGAAGGGUCAAAGUGAUAAAACUUUUAAGGCCAAUUUGGUCAAUUUGACGAGGAAGUGAAUUGUAGAAAAGUUUUCCAAAGUCAGGGGUUUUGCCAUCUAGGUAGGUCCAAGGGCAGUCUAAUUCUGAGACGGAAUGUCUAAGGUCGUUUGCUGAAAAUUCUUUAAACUUUGGAACGAUGUCAGUCACGAGUAAAAAGCCCUUUUGUUUAGCCUCUGGCUAGAUUUUUUUAGGAUGGGAUUUUGAGAAAUGGCGAAUUUGACGUUAAAUUGUCGGGGUGUGGGGGGUCGUAAGGAAGAUAGAAGGAGCUCAUUCUCUCUUGUCGUUAGUUAAUUCAACACGAAAGUCGCAAGACACAAGUUUAAACUUGUUUGGCUUUGCUACUGCUGCGGCCACGAAGGAGUUCAACCAGUGUUUGUGCGACCCUUACUUUGUCUUGAGUAGCCAUACGAGGCUUAUUCCUAUCUAGUAAAAUAAUUUUAGAAAAAUUUCCCCCAUGCAUUCUGACUGUUAAAUAUGUUUGAUGGCUUGGAAGUUUAAAGGCUCCUUGCUGACAAUUUUCUCAACAAUAGGCAGAAUAGAAUCGCAAAAUAUGAAAGGAGAAUGAAACAAAACUUUUGAUCAGGAGAUAAAAAAACUUACCAGCCAAAUCAGGUUGAUAUCUACAAUGGAAUGUUAGUGAGGUCGCCUUCUAGACCUUUUAGUGAAUCAGCCCGCUAUAAGUUCACCCCCUACUCUUCGAGUUAGCUCCUUCUUUCCUGUUAGUAAAAAAGCUAAAGCCCUAUAAUAUUUUUGUAUUCGUGAAUAACCAAAAAUUUAACGCAGGUUAACCUUAGCAAUUAAUUAAAAAAUAUCGAAUUGAAUCAGAUAACAUGGAUAAGAUGUUAAACUGGUGCCUAGAUUUAAGGUUUAGUACACAAAUGAACAGGUUGAAGAAAGGGUUUUGAAGCCGCUUGAUAAACCUGGUCAGUUUUAAUGUGUUACUUAUUCCAGUCGCCCUUGCUUCGGCUUGCGAAAUUAACCUUGAUUUAAACACUACAAUAGGUUCGUAUACUGAAUAAGUGUUAGCCUGUGAACAGGCCUUUGGUCGAGCAGGGAACUAGGGAGAGGGAAUCCUUGCUAUUUUUUUUCCCCCAACAGAGAGCCUGUUCACAGGCUAAACUGUCAUCUUUCAGUUUGGUAGCCUGAGAACCGCAGACGUAUUUUAUGUCGUCGCUUCUCUCCCUCCGGCGGGUGAAACUAGCUCCGAAAAAACCGGAUGCUCUCUCAGGCUAAUAGUUUGGGAGAAAAUACCGAUUAUCCCUGAGUAAAGAACAAUCUAUCUAUCAGAACGUUAAUCUCGUACCCAGAUCUCCCACGGCCCAGGUGAAACAGCUAGAGUGAGAUCUGGGUACGAGAUUAUCAGAACGUUUACGAAUCUCAGCCCAUGCGAGUUCCCUGUGUAAUAAAAACCACUAGGCUAACAUCCGGUUGUUUUUAACUUAAUAAAAUCAUUUUAUUUUUAAUAAAAGAAAACAUCCUUCCGCCCUCUUCCCGAAGCGAGCGAACAACGCAGCAGACCUCAGGGACAUUAAUAUUUUCGAUUUCUACUCACAAUACAUCUGUUUUUUUUUUAACCACAAUGCAUGCAGCAGUUUUUUACUAUUGAUUCCUCUCUCGCCCAUUACCUUUUUCACCCUUUGCACAUCUCCCAUAAUUCACCUUGUUUGCGCCCCCUCCCCGCCUUUGCUUUUCAUUUUUCCUGGGUGUUACAGUCAUUCCAAGACGAAUGUAAAGACAAUUUUUAUUCAUCACUUUUGGGAGAAAACAAGGUGCAUUAUGGGAGGCGUGCAAAUGGAGAAUAAGCAUUUCCUGAGAAACUAUUCAGUCUUGAGAAUUAGCCAAUGAGAUUAGUGUAUGUAAGGGCUGUGUAAAAUCAUCGCGUUCACUACGCAACGCAUAGUUUUUGAGAUGAGCGUAAGCGGCAUGGCUCUUGCCAGAACCUAAGGCUUGAUGAAAUGUUUUCCACCAAAAUCGCACUGCAUUACUCAUGACGAGCGGAAAAUAAAGGUGAUGGUGUUUUAUGGUGGAUCUGCGCGAUGGUUUUUGAUGGAAUUGUGAGUUGAGGUUGCGCACAGUAACCAACCUUGGUUAGCUUCGGUUCGUAUUUUUUAGGAAAAUAACACCAAACAAACAGCGAGCUGCAAAACCAUAGAGCCAUGAUGGCCAUGAAUUGAGCCCAGGUUGCAUAGAAAACGCAGCAAAAAACCCAGGUUUAGGUAAGUGAAGUGCGUUUCUACAUUCAACUAUUCAACUAUAUUGAAUUUCUCAUGUAGUCCACAGAAUGUUCCUUAUGGGCACAUGCGGUUUAUGCACGGAGCUUGGGUGGCCUGUGACCCAACAAGACGGAAUAUUGGGGGACUGGGUGCCAAUUUAAAGAUGGCCGCCUCCGUGGCGGUCUUUUCCAAACUUCUGUGAAAACGACUUUUUUUCACCCACAACACGCUGAAAUCAUAGAGUUAAACGAUGAAUGUAAGUAAACGAGAAAAAGAAAUCUCAUUUCAGCGUCCACACUAUGCAGUGGAUUUGGUGGAAAGAGCGUUGGAUUCCGGAAGUGUGAGUGUUGUUUGUAUGGCUAGAAGCGAGUCUAAGCUUUUCAUUGCAUUUAAGAUCUUCCAACAGUUUCGGCGACGAGCUCUGAAAGCUGGGUUGAUGGUUCUUUUGGUCAACGACGAGAGUGGUAAGCCUGAGAUUACAAGGAGAGCUUAUGUAAAAGUGCAAUACUAAAAUCAAUAUAUAUCUGACAUGUACGAGUCGAAUCAGUCGAGUUAGAGGUUAUAAUUACUUAGAAUGGCAAUAGGUCUCAGACCUGCCAACCUUGAUAAAGGAGAAUCUGGAAAUCCGCGCCCCCUUCUUCCCCCCCCUCCCCCCCAAAAAAUCUGGAGAUUCUACAAAAAGUGGUGAGAUUCUAUUUUUUUGUCCUGAGGAGAAUUCACUGUUUAUUUGAAUACGUAUUAUCUUGUGAUCUUUCUUGUAACAAGAUGCCAUUUUUUUAUGACUCUAAGGGGCCUGGGAGGAGAUCAUUACUAGGAUGAAACUUAUAGUAACUGGGUAGUUUCUUCUGGAUAAGCCAACUUUCAUGGCUAAAAAUGUUAGACAAAGUGCCAUGUAGGCUUGAAUGGGCACUGGCAUUCUCCAUUACAUUUCCAUUUUUAUCCAGCAAGGUAACAUUUCAUUUUAGAAUGAUUUCCUAAAAACAAAAAACAUGAGAAUGGGAGUCUUGUCAUGAGGGCCAAGAGAAAAGUUAAAAAAUAGUGAGACUGACAUGGCCCCAAAUCCCCCUAGAAACUUGAGCCUUUGGGAUGUGCAAGUUUUGCCUUUGGUGUGAGUUUUUUAUCUCUGCCUUCUCCUUAAGCUUUUUCCACCUACUUAAAACCUUAUUGACAACCCUGUACUUUACAUUAAAUGUAAAGUUAUUUGAUUUCUAUCCGACAGUGAAACCUGUAUUAAGCGGACACCGUAUGAAGCGGACACCCUCUAUUAACCCUUUAGGUCCCAAUAGUGUCCAACAGCAAUUUUCUCCUAACGAUAUUCAUACAUUAUCAUGAGAUUAGGUUGUGAGAAUUAAUAAAAUGAUCACCUAAGAGAAAAUGCCUGGAUCUUUUAUCAAAUUCUCUCAACUCAUUCUUUAAGGAAAUGUAUGGAGAUCAGUUUGGAGAAUUUGUAUGUGGAUAUUGAGGCUUAAAGGGUUAAGCGAACAGUAGCCGAAGUCCCCAAAUUUAUUUCCUUUAUUUACUUUACAUAAAACCGUUAUCAAGUGGACACCUCUAUUAAGCGGAAACAGACGUGGACACCUUAAAAGUACCUGGAAUAGUCAUUUCUAUUGUUGAUUACCUGUAUUAAACGGACACUUGCAUUGUAAUUAAAUUCCACCACCCAACAUGCCAGAUGCCGGAAAUGCGAAAGACUGCCACCCAUAAAUUUUUUGAUUUUUACAUUUAAAAACAUGACUUGAUGAACUUAUUUGAUUAGUUUCACAGUACAGUAUUGUUUUCUAUUUCAUUUUGCUUCUAAUCAGCUUGUUUCACUCAUCUGAUUUCUUCAAAUUUGAGUUGUAAUUAUAUGUUUUUGGUACUAUGAUCAAUUGGUCCACUUUAAUAAGGAAAUUAAUGCAAAUGUACUGUAUAGCGUCAUAGUCUCUGGGAAUAUUCUAAACAUUUCCACUGUUCAUUUGAAUGGCAUUCGACACCUCAUAUGACAUUAUCUAUCGAAACCUGUAUUAGGCGGACUCUCUGUAUUAAUUGGACACUACAACAGUCAACAUUCCCCGAGGUUUUCCGCUUAAUACAGGUUUCACUGUAUUAUAAUCUGCUGAUGUUUUCACUGAAAGACAUGAUGAAUCAAUCAAUCAACAGAACUUAUUCACAAUUGUUUCUUGACUAAUCAGAAGGAAACUCCAGCUUCUGGCUUUUUUACUUGUGGGUAGAAAAUGUACCAUAUACCCUCUUUCCCACUAGAGACAUACAGUCUGUGUAGAGAUGUAGGGAGGGCAUUAUCACAGGAUGGAUACAAUUCCUGACACUGGGCUGUGGGAAAAUUAAUGAUGAACAGUCAAGAAAGAAAAAACAACUUGAAUACAUGUAUAUUUAUUUCCAGACCUACUUAACUCACAAAAUAAUAUGUAUCCAUCAACUUUAUUUUUCCAUUUCAUUAAUGAUAAGCUAAUGACAAGUUGUGCUGCAUGCGUGUGAUGUAACAAGGGUUGAAGUUACCCAUCAAUAAUUGGGCCACUUAAUCAUUUUUUCCUUUGUGUCUUCAGCUCAGUUGGUGAAGCCAUUCCUGAAUGCUAUGGCAAACCAAAGUAUGUUGUCUGUGAAAACUUAUUUUGAUGAAGAUGAGGUUACUGGAAACAAUCCAUGGUUGCCUCAUAAAAGUGAUAUUUUGGUUGCAACAGCCUCCAGUUUUCUACAGUUUAUAAAAGUUGGAGUGUUAAAUUUAACAUCUAUCAGCUUGAUUAUUCUGGACCAGUGCCAUCAUGCUACUUCUCCGGGUCAUCCGUUCGUACUUAUUUUAAAUCAUGUAGAUAAUUGCGAACUGGAUUUUAGGCCAAAAAUUGUUGGGCUGUCUUCAGAGAUUUCACGUCAACUAUCAUGUCUGCAAGGUACUGAACGGUUUCUUAGCUCAGUGGAGGAAACAUUUAAUUGCAAGGCAUCUGUUUCUUAUGAUUUGCUGGGCUUGAACAGAUAUGGAGAACGUAGUGAUGAAGAGUUAGUGUACUACACUCAUGCUUCUGAGGACAAUCAACUUACUUGUAAGCUCAAGGAAAUUCUUCAAAAUGCUGUCAUAUUUCUGAAAGACAUCAAAGAGCAAGAUGCAACUCAAGAAUGUGUCAAGUUUGUCAAACAUGUUUUAAGCGAGUGCCAUAAGGUUCUCUUGUUGUUUGGGCCAGAGCACACUGCUUAUAUUGCCAAAAUUACGAUAAAAGAGAUCAUGAAGUUUGAAAAAAAAUGUUCUGAAAACUGUGACCUGCUCAUUCUCCAAUAUUGCAGGACACAGCUAAGUUUAGUUGUCAACUUGCUGGAGAAUAGUACUUUUGAAAGAUGUGAAUUGACUGAUUUGACAGAGAAACUGCUGUUUCACAUGUCAAUGCAUUUAAAGCCUGGUUACACUGCAGAUUGUUCUUUUCAAGGGUCCAUUUGCCAAGAAGGUCUAUGUGCAGAUUCAGGCCCCUUAUCGGAUGAUCAAACUCAUAUGGCUGCAGAUAAUCUAACAGGAUUUCCUGAGCAACAACCUGUUGACUUGUCGGCUUCAACACAACUUUCCGACAACUGGACAGUAGCCUCUCAACCGCAAAAUGUGCCAACAACGUAUGGAUCAAAGACUCAAUGUGAUGAUCCCUUGUGUGUCAUUCUUGUCCCUAGUACCAUUGUUGCAAAGGCUCUGAAUUCUCUCAUUAAUAAGCUAUCAGAUAAAUUUCCUGAGUACAAUUUUCUUAAGAGUGCGUGUGUCUGUAGUAAGAAAGCAAAACAAGAUGUUCUUGAGCAAGGCCUGAUUGAUGAAGUGGAGGGUAAGGUAACCAUUAUGGAUUGCAUGCAAGAUGGUUCGGUAAAUGUCCUUGUCGAAACUUUUGAGAUUGAAAAGGACUGUAUGCAUGCAGAUGUAGCUUGCUGA